AUGGCUCCGGCUUUGAUUUAUAAAUCCGGCUCAAGAGGGCUCAAAAACGGACUUUUGCGAAGUUUGGCCAUCACUUUUGGACCAGCCGCUAAUAUCACCAUUGAGGAACAAGACGGCGCAACAGAGCCAUCCAGCGCACCAGAUCUUAUAGCUCGGCUCUCAAACAAGGAUCGUGGGUAUGACGCUCGAAAGGACACUGCAACCGAAAUUUUGGACGUCAUUAAGGACUUCCCAGCGGAGUCUGUUCUUAAGGUUUGGAAUGGGGCAAAUGACCUUGUGGAAAGAAAUGUGUCUCACGACGUUCGUGAAGUAGCUUUGAAGCUUUUGCGCUCCUGUUUAGAGCGUCUUGCACCAAAUAUGAACGGUACGUUGGUGUUGGCGUUUUAUCACAGUUUGAUGAGCUCCAACUUCUGGGAAUGUGAAGAAACAGAAGCAGAACUCAAUGUUUUUGUCGAUUGUCUUUCCAUUCUGACUAGCGGAGGUACGAAACUAUAUUCACUUCUUACACCCCAGGGCGAUGUUAGUGGGUUGGGCGAGUUUUUGAAGAAUACUUUAGCUCGUCUAGCGACAAGAGAUCUGUACGGACCGGCGACCACCACCAAAAUUCUGGAGUUUGUGUCAAAAUGCCUAGAAAGUGGUGUUUCCCUAGGUACAGACUCACUGGAACAAAUCGCGCAAAUAGCUAAUAAGUCCUCACAGGACGAUGUGCGACGAGCUUCUUUACAAGGCCUCGCUAUCGGUACGCAUAAUAUUCCAGUAGGUUCUAAGGAUUUGGUUUCUAGAGAGGUAACUUUACUAGUGGAACUACAGGGUCGCGAGGAUCAUGUAAGAGAGUCACUCGAACCGACAUUAAACCUUCUUUUCCUUGGACGCAAUGCACACGAUUUACUUAGGGCGUUUCUGCAAUUUAACCAUACCAACAAUAACCGAGUUGGAUAUUUCGUUUUGCUCAUAGAGCUUCUGACUGAUAAGCAAUUCAAACAGUUAUGGAACCACCAUGAAGCACCGGCGGAAACUGUGGGCCAGCUUCUGACUGUGCUUAUGAACUCUCUGUAUGAGCAUAAAGACAGCAUCGAGCACGUAAGCUUCUUAUUGUUAGGAGCGCUCAUGCAUCUUCUACAAUCUGAUGAUUUUUUAACGUACAUGAAGAAUUACUCAUCGUUCUGGAGUCAUACUGUUCCAAACCAAGCCGAUGGCGGAGUUUUCAGAUUAUUGAGAUCGAUACUGAAGACUGAAGAUUUGAGCAAUCCUAGCAAAAGACGCAUUCAUUCAAUUUUUGAAAGGUUGGUUAAAUUAUUGGCUACCAACAAGAAGCUGUACUUGGGCUACAACGACUUGUCACGAGCGAUAUCUUUCUUGUUCGAUUACUGCGACUUACUGGACGUUGCGCUGGCCGGACAAUUCCUUGAGUUUCUAGAUCAAAACAUAGAAGAAGCAGUUAAAUGCGAACUGUUCUUUACUGCUGUUAUUUCCAAGUUUUAUGAACCUCACAAUUUGUCGGCAAUAAGAUGUCAGGUUCUGGUGCUUAUCAGAAAAGCUGCUAAAGAAGCCUUCCAUCAAGACGAAAAUACUAAGAAUCGAUCCGUCCAGGUUUUACAGCAGCUGCUUUCUACUUUGGAGACAGAAGAGAAUGAAAACGUUGUGGUCAACUUGAUAGAUCUUUAUUCAAGUACCUGCAAAUUCUUACCGGCUUACAUCGUUGAACUUUUUAACGAUAAAAUAAUGAACCCGGUUUUCACGGUAGGCUCCAGUAGGAGACGUUCCAGCGGUAUUCAUUUCCCACUAAGUUCCCCUUCAGGCUCGAAAUGGCCGCGUAAUAAACAAUUAUUACUUGCGCAGGCUUCAGCAGACUUGGCAACGUGGAGCAUUGCAUGCAGUCCAACCGACCUAUUCGCAUGCUUUUACCGCAUUCUAAUUCAGGCUGUUGAAUAUGCUUAUCGAAUGGAAGAUACCGACUUAUAUCUCAUUCCUGCAAAAGUCUUGACAAAGAUUCAGUGUCGUGGUGUUGAUGACGUCGUAAUGGCAGAGGUCAUAGAAAUCGAGGGUAUCUCUACAGCUUUAGGAAAAAACUCCAAAUUUGGUGCAUUCUGCGAAGAUUCAAAGUGGUCGUUUCCAGAGGACAUAUACUAUCUGCAUGAAGCACAACAGAAAUGCUUUACCCAAAAUGCUGUGCUUCCAAAGUUUGAAAGAGAGGAAACAGUAUUGAGAUCGUCAAAAAUAAACAUACGAUUGUGGCUAUCAGUUGCCAUUCUUACAUUAGAGAAACCUUUCGACUGGGAAGUGUACUCAUACGUUCUGGCAUACAUGUGCCCCCAAUUUGCAAAUUUGAUAUCACUGAGGGCUAUUGACGAUAUGGCAAGACGUUAUCAAGAGGUAAUCUGUAAUAACCUUAAACAUGGUGUGGGUCGAAAAGUGAAAAUUCCUAAAUCUCUGUAUACUGACGAUCUGCAUGUCGCGUAUAUCAGAAGCCUUUCUUCAAUUCUAGGGUAUCACCGAUUUGCGCCCAAAAGUUUCGCAGAUGAAAUUACGGACUCGUUGCAUCAUGGAAUGCAAGCCACUGAAAAAACUUUAACUCCUUCUUUGAACCUUCUUACUAUCUGUUCACAUGAAAUUCCGGCUUCAUUGAAGCGCUUUUUAACCCCGAUUCUCGUCCAACUCCAGACAAGAAUCACUAGUCCCUUCAGUACACCUGCAAUUUUGGAGUUCCUUUUGGCUUUGUCGGACACGCCAACCAUUAUUUCUCAUUUGACACUUGACGAGUUCAAACGAGUGUUUGCCAUUGCAUUCAAACUUAUUGAAAGCUCGAAAGAUUUGAAAAAGAGGGCGCAAAUCAAAAACGUUGAACAGAACAUAUCAUACGCUGAACAGGACGCGGAAUUCUCGCCUUCUAGUUUAUCGUUCACUAUAACACCGUCUGUGGCACAUUUCUUCCUAACGUUGGCCUAUAAGGUCAUUUCGAACUGGUAUUUGAGGAUGAGUUUACCCAAUCGAACGGAGCUGGCUCCGUUCGUAGUGAAAAACUUGAAAUCAAUCAUCGCCGAUGGUGACGGAUUUGAUUUUGACGCAUAUGCUUAUUUGGAUCUAGUGGCACGUUUCACUACAUCCCGCAACGAUGCUACGCUAUAUUCAAGAGCGAUCAACGAAAGAUCUCAUGAAGAAGAUGAUAAAUUCAGUUUCGGUACUUGGAUUGUGCAUAAUAAAAUCUUAGCGAUUGAGACUCAUAAACAGACGGGUGACUCUAUCGUAACAAUAAGAAGCAGCUCUGGAGCUGAAACAGUCGAAUCACGAUUGGUUCGCUCUGACAUCCCAACUACCUACGACAUUUUUUCUAUCGGGCCUGAGGAUGCGAUAGAAACCGGACACGCAGACUCGGAGGAAUCUUUGUUUACUGCUGGGUAUACUCUGAUGCGCCUUAGCUCAUUUACCGAAGCACCGCUGAGGGUGCCUGACACCGGGCCGAUUGCCAGAUCAAUCCAGCUCUUUGACAGAAUUCCCUACAGAGAUUUUCACAAGAUAGGUUUAUUGUACGUGGGACCUCAACAGUGCGAGGAAUCUGAAAUCCUCGCUAAUACGUCUGGCUCGUUGCAGUACAAAACUUUUUUGUCAAGAUUGGGCCAGCUUAUAAAGCUUGACGCCUCUAAUAAUAUUUAUUUGGGAGGUUUAGAGCCCGAGACGGACGGCCGUUAUGCCUUGGUUUGGGGGGAUGAAAAAACUCAGUUGGUAUUCCACACAAUUACACUGAUGCCCAACAGUCCAAACGAUGAACAAUUUUCUUUGAAGAAGAGACAUGUGGGCAACGAUUUCGUGAGCAUUUUCUAUGAUGAGUCUGGUCGUCCGGGGUUUGAUUUCAAUAUCAUCAAGAGUCAGUUCAACUUCAUCAACAUCGUGAUCAACCCUCUUGGAGAGGGCCAAAGCGAAUUGUUCAAAGUUCGCAUGUACAGGAAAUCUGGUGUUCCUGCUUUCUUCUCUACGUCACAUUUCAAAAUAAUGACCUCUUUGAAUUUGGCUAAAUACAUCCGCCAAGUAUCCAUUAUAGCUGACACAUUUGCUGCAAACUGGUUUGCGGCAACUGCUCCUGAGGUUUGCACUACCUGGGCCCGGAGAGCUCAAUAUUUGCAAGGAAUAAGAGAAAAACUAGGCGAUACUGAUGGUCCGCAGCGAUUCACCCAAGAUUUCCUUGAUUUUACGAAGUACGUAUAG